CUCCCACGAAGAAACAUGGCCGCUUGCUGUUCAACGAUGGCAAUUUUAUUUACGUUUCGUUUCGCUUUAAAACAAGACUUAGGGGAAAUGGCACGUUAAUGGAGAUACUCUAUUUAAAACGUUUAUUUUGAGGCUAAUAUUUCGUCACGAUAACACAUUUUUUCGCUGUUGUUUUGGCGUCAAUCGUUAAUGAUUGUGUGGUUUGCUGUACAUUGCUAUAUCCUCCUCGACAGUGAAGCGCUGCGAUUGAUUUUGCUGAGAGAGCAACACGGCGCAUAAACAGCAGGUUUCCGUCGCAAUGUUUAGCCCCGUAAAGUCCUCUUAUUUCAGAGUGAGUCCGGCCAUUGUCAACCGGGAACUCGGCAAGACCAAGAUGAGAUAGCAAGAGGGUAACGUCGGAGUGCUAGCUGGCGUUUUACCGUCCAACUCUACAUAACUGUGCUGAAACCCAUCACGAAAACAUGUUUGGGAAUCUUUUUGAACAAGAGGAGGACGAAGGUUUGUCUCUAAACAACCCAAAGAGAAGAAAUGCCAAGCAAGAAAACGAGCCGCCUCCCCCCCGUGGAAGGAGCAAUCUGUGCGGGAUUAAGAACCAGGGUGGAACCUGCUACCUCAACUCUCUGCUCCAAACCCUGCUGUUCACACCUGAGUUUAGAGAAGAGCUGUUCCGUCUGGGACCAGAUGAAUUGGGAUGCCUUGAAGACAAAGACAAACCAGAGGCAAAAGUCAGGGUGAUCCCCCUGGAGCUCCAGAGGGUGUUCGCCCGUCUGCUGCUGGUGGACCAGCAGAGCGCCUCCACUGCGGAUCUCACCGACAGCUUUGGCUGGAACAGCAGCGAGGGGACAAAUCAGCAUGACGUGCAGGAGCUCAACCGGAUCCUGUUCAGUGCUUUGGAGAACUCUCUUGUGGGCACAAGCGGCAGUUCAUUCAUCCACCGCCUCUACCAUGGAACUAUUGUCAACAGCAUUGUCUGCAAAGAGUGUGGAAAUGUCAGUCAAAGACAGGAAGACUUCCUGGACUUAACGGUGUGCGUCUGCGGUGUUUCUAGCUUGGAGGAGGCUUUAUGGAACAUGUUUGUGGAAGAGGAGUUGUUUGAGGGCAACAACCUGUACCGCUGCGCUCAGUGUGACAGACUAGUCACUGCUGCCAAGUCUGCCAAGCUCCAAAAAUUGCCUCCAUUUAUGACCAUGUCCUUGCUGAGAUUCAGCUUCGACUUCACCAAGUUUGAGCGCUACAAGGAGACGGGACGCUACAGUUUCCCCUUCACCAUCAACCUGCGGCCCUUCUGUGAACAGGCAGGUGGAGAAGACUCUGAUUUCAUGUACGAGCUCUUUUCGGUGAUCAUCCAUAAGGGAGGCUGCUAUGGCGGACACUACCAUGUUUACAUCAAGGACAUUGAUCAACUUGGCAAAUGGGAGCCGCCGGAAGAAGAUGUUAAACCCAAAACACAGAAGAAAGAGAAAGCCAAGGAAAGCUGUGAGGAAGAACUACAAGAAGAUGACCCUUUGUCUGUCCUCACUGCUAUAAUAGCACAGGAGGCAUCACAGAGUGUCUUAUUGGAUCAGCUGGGCCAGCAGCUCAUGAAUAAAAUUGGAUCAUCCUGGAACAAAAAGUUUAGGAAGCAAUACGGUCCCAUUGGCAAGUUUUUGCAGUCCCAUAAUGAUACUUUCAUGCUGGUGUCAAACGGCACUCGAGUCGCACUGAAGAAAAAUCCACCGAGUCCAAACAGUCCUGCAGAACAGAACCACAACUCCGACCCUUCAGCAUCGCCAGACUCAGAAGGUUCUGAACACCAGCCAGAGGCAAAUCAACAGUCCCAACCAAAAACAGAGCAGGGUAGCCACUGGUUUGACCUGAACGACUCCACCGUGACUUCUAUCAGAGAGGCGGACAUAGAGAAGCAGUUCCAGGGCAAAGAGAGCGCCUACAUGCUGUUCUACAGGAAAACACAGCUGCUCAGGCCCAAAGAAGCUCUGAAUAAUCCCCAGUAUAAUGUUCCUCCUUAUCUCAUUCAAAUGGCUCAGGAAGAGAACCUUCGACUGCAGAAACAACGUGAGGAGUUUGAAGCCUCCAAUAACACAGUGGAGCUGCAUCUACACCUGACUCACUGCUAUAAGUUAAAAAAUGGAGCGCUACAGAAAAUCAGCAAAGAGCUGGACAGGAACACCACCCUCAGUUUUGAUCGUAGAAAGACUGUAGGAGAUCUUCGCUCUACAAUUUAUCAGAUGCAGGAAUGGUGGGAAGGCGAUAUGGCUCUGACUGUGGCCAAAUGCCUUCCAGCAGGUUUACACCUGUACAACAAUCUCACAGAUGACACUGUGUCGCUGUACAGUGCAGGAGUCCACUCAAACACUGACCUUUUUGUGUGGAACGGCAGAGAGGUGUUUGGUGCAACCGUCCAGGCCGGAGCCGAGUGGGAGCCGGUUUUACUCACGGUGGUUCGGCCCUUUCUGGGUGACGACGUGCAGCUCGAGGUGGAGUGUGGGGCUAACUGUGAAAAGAGCGAGGGGGCUUUUGAAAAUGGCGCCCCUGGACUUAAACGAGAGGCAAUUGGGUUUGCGGGAGGAGCUACACUCGGGGAGGUGAGGGAGGCGCUGGGGGAGCCUAAGGAGAGUCUGCUGUGCCAAGAACACAAAGGAGGAAAGGGAAUGGCGCAGGGGCCCGGAGAGGGAGGAGGAGGAAGCGGGUGGAGGGUGUUUCCGCCCGACGACAUGCAGCGGACGCUGAAGGAGCUGUCGCUCAAAGAUGGAGAUUCGCUGUUGGUGCUGGAGCCACAGUCCUUCGACAACAGUGUUUUCACCCGAAAUGGAGACGUCGUCACUGUGACUACACCCUCUGACUGCCGCUGGCUUCUGGUGGAAUUUCAACCUCAGUCUAAAGGAGGAGAUGUGGACCCACAAGAGGAGAGACGGAUAGCUAAGGUUCCAGCCACAGGGAGCAUGCUGCUCUCUGAAGUUAAACAGAGAGCCUUGGAGGAGCUGCAACUCCAGGAGCAACUUUCAGGUGCACAGUGCUGUCUGAGGCAGGUGGACUGCACCGGGAAACUCCUUCCUCCAGUGUGUGAGGAGCUGAGCGUUCGGGAUGCAGGAGUGCGACUCAUGACCACGCUGGCUCUCUGUCCUGGAAAUAGUCCCAAGGCAUCACAGCUGUUUUUGCACUUUACUGUGGGCGGACCUCCCUCUGCUGGCAUGGAGAUGGACAUAAUUGUGGAAAAGACGAGCACCGUCAAAGAAUGUCUCCGGAUGAUGCUGGAUGCGGUUGGACUUGACGGAACCUGUUGGCAUUUAAGAAGGUUGGAUUGGUGUGAGGAGGUCGGUGAGCCGCUCAUGGACGAGGAUAUGUCUCUGUCUGAUCUGAAAAUCAACAACGGGGAGACUUUAGUCGUCACUGAGGGACUUUUACCUCCAAAGGGUUUCCUAAAACUGUCUGUCUGGCUCUGUGCAAAUCUAAAAAGUAUGGAAGUGGAUUUUAAAAGCCCUACUGAGGGGAAAAGAGACAAAGUGGGGUUGUUGGAAAAAGGGGACGUUCAGCUACCGGGCUGUAGUGAUGACGGAGCCGAGUUCAGGAGUGUGGGACAGGUGGAGAUUUCAGAUGAGGCCACAGUGGAUGAUCUCAAGACUCAGGUGAUGACCCUUCCAGCGCUUCUGGACGUCUGCAUCCCAUCCACCGGGUUCCUCCGCGUUUGGCAGCUGGAAGGACGGAGGUUGGCCCGGAUCCUUAAAGGAAAUCAGGCCACACUCAGGAAGUUGAAGGUGUGCAGUGGUGCAGACCUCUGUGUGCAAAACUUACUGAAAGAGGAAGAUCUUGGGCCUAAACAGCUGCUACUGAAUGUAAAGGUGGGAAUACCGGGAGAGCGAUGGUACUACCCUGCAGAGGAACUAGUUUGGGACGCAUCUCACGACUCGUCGCCGCGCUCUCUGCGCACCUGCUUGGCUGCACACUUUGGCCUCUCCCCCGACUCUCUGCUGCUGGCCAAACACCAGCCAGAAAAACACACUUGGGAAGAAAUCUCCAACUGGACGCAGCAAGUUUCCAAAAAGAGGAAGAAAAAAAAGGCAGAGUCGCUGCUUGGAGCCCCGUUUUACCUCAAAGACGGUGACACCAUUGGGAUCAAGAACCUUUUGGUUGACAAUAACAGGGACUUCGUCACUGCGGAGGACGAGCAAGGCCAACAGAGAAUCAGGGAACAGGCCGAGCACCAUCAGAAAGGAGGCCAGGCUGCAGCCUCUGAUCGUGCCAAACCCCGGAAGCCAGAGCUGCCGUUAUCAAUAAGUGUUGGAGUUUUCAGAUAGCAGACUCCUGUUCCAAGAUAAAGAACUUUUCACAAGUGUCCAUAUGUGAUCACGAAGAGAAAUGCCAGAUCCAGCUAAACCACUGCUGCGCCACUUCAACGGUUUGGGUUUAAAACACUCACAAACUUUCUAAAAGUACUUUUCUAAAUCUCCUCCAAUGAUUUAUUUUACUGACAGAUCUGCUUUAAAAUACUGUAAUUGUAGUUUCCUUUGUGAAACAUCAGUUUUUAAAACCACUUUUGAUUCAGAUGGAACAACCAUACGGUUUUUUUUUCCUCUUUCAAACCAGCUGGUAUUUCAUAACCACAAUCUGGACGUCUUUGCUAAAUGAUCAGUCGACGAUCUGUUUCUAAUGAAGCUGCCUGCCACUGUGCAGUUUGAACAAAAGGUUUUUCUGGGUCACCGGCUCAGUGGGUUAUGGAAAAGGAACGAUUGGCCUUAACACGGAGAAGCUUCGGAGCUGCUCUGUCCUCCCUACCUCGCUCAACCUCCCCCACUCCUCAUCCUCUACCUCUUUUGCCUAAUCUCUUCUUCGUAUGUGAUCAGAAUCCUAAACUGUCUUGAAAUGAACUGACUCAAUGAA